UUACUUCCCAUCUGAGCACGGUCACACUGCCCAAGAGUCCAGCUGCGUCGUUGAAAAAUAUUUUCGAUGCCUCGAAGGUUGAUUUAUUUCAGAGGAAAUAGCAGGAAAUAAAGUUGAAAACGCAGAUUACGAGCAGCAGCCGCCAAGAGGAGUGCACAAUGAACAUUUACAACAAGUUGCGGGCCAGGGAGCAUGGCUACGGCAAUGAGAGGACCUACGACUUCGCCCUGCGCCGCCUUUCCGUGGCCAAGGAGGACAGCUGGCGGGGCAUCGCGCCGGCCAACUACUGCCCAGACUUCAAUCCGGAACCGCCGAUCUUCUCCGCCAAGUUCGCCAACUGCGAUGGCUAUCGGCACAUCCUGGCGAUCGCCAACGAGGACGGCAAGAUCACGCUGCAGGACACCACCCAGCGCAACCACCAGCCGGAGGAGCAGUCCCUGGUGGGCCCGCAGUGCCACUUCAACGCCGUUUUCGAUCUGGAAUGGGCACCCGGCCAGAUGCGCUUCGUCUCCGCCUCGGGCGAUCACACUGCCAGACUGUGGGAGGUGGCGGGCUCCGGCAUACGCGGCCUGAACUCCUAUGUGGGUCACACAAGGUCCGUCAAGUCGGCGGCCUUUAAGCGCACCGAUCCCGCUGUCUUCGCCACCGGCGGCCGUGAUGGCGCCAUUCUCAUCUGGGACAUCAGGGCCAAUCUCAAUAUGGACCUCACGUCACGCGUGGACAACUGCAUCUACAGCGGUCACACGGGCGGACCGGGCACGCCAGUCUCACAGCGCAAGCAGCGCACACGCACUCCCAAGAUGGCCGGAGGAACCACCUCGAGCAGCAUCACUGGCUUGGCCUUCCAGGACAACGAUACGUUGAUCUCCUGUGGUGCCGGUGACGGAGUCAUCAAGGUGUGGGACCUGCGGCGCAACUACACAGCCUACAAAAAGGAGCCACUGCCCAGGCACAAGCUGCCAUAUGCCGGCAGCUCCACCUUCCGUGGAUUCACCAACCUCAUUGUGGACGCGUCAGGCACGAGGCUGUAUGCCAACUGCAUGGACAACACCAUCUAUUGCUACAAUCUGGCCUCCUACUCGCAGCGCCCGCUGGCGUGCUACAAGGGACUCCUUAACUCCACGUUCUACAUCAAAUCCUGCCUCAGCCCGGACGGCAAGUAUCUGCUGAGCGGAAGCAGCGACGAGCGGGCUUACAUCUGGAACCUGGACCACGCCGAGGAGCCGCUCGUUGCACUGGCCGGACACACGGUGGAGGUAACCUGCGUGGCCUGGGGCUCCAGCCACGAUUGCCCCAUUGUCACGUGCAGCGAUGAUGCGCGUCACAAAAUCUGGCGGAUUGGACCCGACCUGGAUGGCCUCAGCGAGGCGGAGCGGGCGGAAAAGUACCGAGGAACUGCCUCCUACGUCAGGGAGUUCGGCAAGAAGGCAUUUGGUCCGUCUAGUGGAAAUCACAAGUACAAUCUUCGAGAUCUGGAGUCCACGCCAAGAUCUCUGAAGCGCCUUAUGGAUCAAAAUGAAAGGACGCCAGGUUCCGUGGAAAAGACGACGACCAAGCGUUCGUUCCUGGAAAUGCUGGGCGUAGCUGGCCAGGAGACGGAAGCCACAGAACAGCCCCAGAAACGGGCGAAGCCACUGGAGUCACGUGGAAGGCGGCUCUUUGGACCUUCUAGCCAGGAAACUGCUUGCAGGCACAUACAACUUCAGUCCAUAAACGAGGAAGAUGCCUCGCCGAGCAAGAGACAAAAGGAGAACUCUGCCGCGGAGGAUGUCUCACCACUGCACAAGCUUCUCAGCACACCAAGUCAUUCCCCUUUGAGUGAGAAUGUCAACCAUGUGUACACCUCCCCGCCAACCACGUCAGCGGCAGCAGCAGCGGUGGCUGCAGACGCGCUUAAUCCGCCGCCGAUCUCCGCUGCCAUCUACUCGCCCACCUCCAACCUGCCCAAUUACGUGCUGGAUGGCGAGGCACCGCACCUGGGCAUCAUGUCGCCCAAGCGGAAGGCGAAGGAGAAGGUGGACUGGCUGACGAAUAUCCGCAAACAGAAGCUGAUGAGUGGCAGGGCCCAUGUGACGCUCAGCGAAAAGAUCAGCGAGGAGCAGCAGGCCGAUGUGCUGGCAUCCCCGCGCCUCCAGAGUCUGCGGCAGUCAGAGUGCAGUCCCAGGAUACACGCCUCGCCCCGCAGACGCAUCUCCCAUACGGACGGAGGCGGUGGCACGCCGGCUGGCAGCUCCUCGCACUCCCAUUCCCAAUCCCAGCCAAAAACGCCCACUUCCAGUAGGCGAAACAGCGAGACGACGCUCCUGCGAUUCUUUAGCAUUCAGAGAAGUAGCAGUGUGCCGGCGGAGGAAACAACGACAACGAAUGCGGCUCCCUCCUCUUCUGAUCCCCAUCCCCCGGCAGUGACUGCGCCCGCAGCCACGCCCCUCAGCAUGCGCACGCCCACGACGGCGGUGGGCAGCGAUUGACGCGGAGCCUCGAGCCACAGCACCAUUAUUGCACUUGUAGUUUUAAGCGGACAUUGUUUAAGUUAUUUUAUGUAGAUAGUAGGUUGCAUCUAUCGCGGGACGAGUUGGUAACCAACUCCCCGCCCUCUGUACAGAGCCAAAAGAUACGAAAGACUAACGUACCCGAAUAAAAGUAACUCCAUUUU